GAUCCAGUUUGGUGCAAGAUGCUGAUCUAUCUGCUGCUACUAGCCGUCACGGCUGCAGUUUGGUACGUUCGCCGGAAGUACUCGUUCUGGGCGGAACGGAAUGUACCGUACGUACAGCCACGGUUCCCAUUCGGCAACAUUCAGGGCAUCGGAAGACGGAUGCAUUCAUCGCAGCUGAUGACAAAGUUCUACAACGAAAUGAAGUCUUCCGGCCGUCCGUUCGGUGGGAUCUAUUUCUUCACCAAUCCGGUUGCGCUGGCACUCGAGCUGGACUUUGUGAAGAAUGUGCUGGUGCGUGAUUUCGCACACUUUCACGACCGUGGCGUGUACUACAACGAGAAGGACGAUCCCAUCUCGGGACAUCUGUUCAACAUUGAGGGUUCGAAGUGGACAAACCUGCGGAAGAAGCUGAUACCGACGUUUUCUUCCGGCAAGAUGAAAAUGAUGUGUCCAACGAUCGUGUCCGUUGGAGGACGGUUCCGGGAGUGUUUGGAGCGUUGCAUCGAGGGGGACGGUGUGGUUGAGAUGAAGGAACUGUUGGCCCGAUUCACAACGGACGUGAUCGGGACGUGUGCGUUCGGCAUCGAUUGCAACAGCUUGAACGAUCCGAAUGCAGAAUUCUUACGGAUGGGUCGGAAAGUGUUUGAAGUUCCGCGAGGUCGCAUAUUGAAGUUCUUCUUUAUGGCUACGUUCAAGGAUUUCUCAAGACGCAUCCAUAUCAAAGGGACGAGCGAGGAUGUUUCGCAGUUCUUCUUCAAGGUUGUGCGGGAAACGAUCGAGUAUCGCGAGCAACACAACAUUCAGCGGAACGAUUUUAUGAAUCUGUUGAUGCAGCUGAAGAAUAGUGGACAGUUGGAUGAUUCAGGCGAGUCGGUUGGGAAGCUGAGCUUGAAUGAGAUUGUUGCACAAGCUUUUGUGUUUUUCCUCGGCGGGUUCGAAACGUCUUCGACAACGAUGUCUUACUGCUUGCACGAGCUUGCUCUGAACGAGGAGAUCCAGCAGCGGGCAAGACAGUGUGUGUUGGAUGCGGUUAAAAAACACGGCGGCCUUACGUAUGACGCGCUUAUGGACAUGCCCUACAUCGAUCAAUGCAUAAAUGAAUCUCUUCGAAAGUAUCCACCGGGUGCGAAUCUUAUACGGCAGGUCAGUCAAGACUAUCGCGUACCGGGGACGGAUGUUACCUUUCCGAAGGGUAUGAACGUGAUGAUACCGGUGUACGCCAUCCAUCAUGAUCCGGACCACUAUCCCGACCCGGAACGGUACGAUCCGGAUCGGUUUGGAGCAGAAGCGAGCGAAACCCGGAAACCGUACAGCUUUAUCCCGUUCGGAGAAGGGCCAAGAAUUUGUAUAGCGGCACGGUUUGGCAUGUUGGAGGCACGGGUUGGACUGGCGGUGCUGCUGAUGAACUUUAGAUUUUCGCGCUGUGAAAAGACGAAUGUGCCAUUGGUUAUCUCUUCCCGGCAUGCUGUACUAACACCGGAGGGUGGAUUGUGGCUGAAGGUGGAAAAACUGGAGUCGUAA